AUGACCAUUUCUCAAGCAACAGCGUCUUCUUCACCAAAGAGACAUGGACCCCACUAUGACACCAACAGCUCUUUUAAAGAUGAUCCAUUACUACUUGUCGACGACCGGGGGCUGUCAUCAUCAUCAUCAUUAUUAUCAAUCGCAAAGCAACAACAUCACCCAUUCCAUCAUGGGAGUGCUGCUGCUGAUAACCAGCCUACAGUGCUUGACACAAAAGAUGAAAGUAGUCCACCACCUAGCGUACAGGCUAAUGGUAUCACCAUGGCCAAGCAACAACAACAUGACGACAAUGAAAAUGAACGGCACCAACAGCAAGCGAGUAUUCAAGAUAAAGAUAAUAGCAUCGUUUUGCCAGCAAGUCGACAUGCUACUGACACGACAAUGACAGCCCCGUAUAAUACUCAGAUUAACCCAUCUCCUUGUUCGCCUCAAUUGACGACGACGACGACAUGGAAAAAUACAGCACUUUUACAGGAGGAUGAUGACGAGGAUGAGGAAGAACAAGAAGCAACGCGUUUGGUGUCCCCGAUACAAAAAACGACCCGUGAUGUGUUUACGGAAGCACAAAAAGUAGCCUUUGUGGGUCUAUGUGCUGUUACAAGUCUCGAAAUCGUUCAUAGUUUCCAUGGCAACGAAUACGCAUACGCACGUAUGAGUGCGGACAACUGGCAAAGAAAGCUUAUGCGUGAUAUUUACAAGCACAUGGAUGUUUCUUCCACAGAGAUCGGCAUGAUUGAGGAUCUUUUCAAACAUGGUAUCCAAGCGGCUGAUUUGGUACUCCAAUUCAUGGCUCAAGGUGAAACCACCACGGUCCAAGUCCACCAACUUGAUGAUGAUGAUGACGAUUCCACUUUUACCAAUGAUGAUGGCAGCAGCAGCAGCAGCACUACAUCCUUAUCCUUUUUCACACCACCCCUUUCACCAUCCACGUCUUCAUCAGCAGCAGCAACAACAACAACACCCUCGAUGGAUGAUGAUGAUGAUCCUACAACGACCCCAACAACACAUGACACAGUAGAACUUGACCUACGAUGGACCGUCAUGUGUAGCUUGUUGCUCUUGUUUCUCAAUGCUGAAAACUUUGAUGCACGUACACGCGUCUUUUUAUCACGCACAGCAUCCUAUUUACAAUUGGAUUGGCGUGAGACAUUGAUGAUGGAACAAUGGAUCUCGGAUCAAUUUAUUGGACAACAGCAACAAUGUUGUGAGGAUGAUGAUGAUGAUGAUAAACCUGUAACCAUGACAACAACAACAACAGCCAAUGACUUUUUCGCUCUCCCUGUGGCCAAUGUUAAGGAAAAGCGAUACCGUAAUCGUGAACGUAGAAUGCAUCGAUAUGCCAUGAUUGGUCUUGCUACAGUGGGUGGUGGCUUGAUCCUUGGUGUAAGUGCUGGUUUAAUGUCACCCUUGAUUGCUGGUGGCAUCGGCACACUUUUAUCCACAGUCGGCGUUUCUGGUGCUGGUAGCUUUUUCGGUAGCACCGCAGGUAUUGCCAUGAUUACGGGUAGCAUGACAAGCAUUGGAGGUGCAAAGAGCAUGAAAAGAAGAAUGAAGACAAUCAACACCUUUGAAUUUCAGCCUGUGGCCACUAAUGGUCAUCCAAGUUGCAUUAUUACUGUAUCGGGAUGGCUGCCAAAAAAGUGUGAUAGGAAUUCAGCAGCCGCUUUACCAUUUAGUACGCUUGAUCCACUUUUGGGAGAUCAUUAUGCACUUCAUUGGGAACCAGAGAUGCUACAAGAUUUGGGGAGUGCCUUCAAAAUAUUUGCAACGGAGGUAGUGGCGUUCUCGAUUCAGCAAGCAUUGACGCACACCAUUAUGGGUGCCCUUUUGGCAGGAUUGGCAUGGCCACUCGCUCUAACCAAGCUUGGCUAUCUUGUGGAUAAUCCAUGGCAUAAUGGAUUGGAUCGUGCACGAUUGGCAGGUUUGAUUCUUGCCGAUUCUCUCAUGAACCGCAACUUGGGUGCUAGGCCAGUGACCUUGGUGGGAUAUUCACUUGGUGCACGUGUGAUCUUUUACUGCCUCUUGGAAUUGGCUCGGGUCAAUGCGCACGGUCUUGUAGAUAAUGUUGCAUUGUUUGGUACCCCUGUUAGUGCAUCCCAAUCACAAUGGGAAGCAUGCAUCUCGGUGGUGGCAGGGCGCUUUGUCAAUGGCUACUCAAAAAAUGACUGGUUACUUGGAUUUUUGUUUCGUGCAUCUACCGCUGGUCUUAACAAUGUUGCCGGUCUACGUCCCUUGAAAUCAACAGCUGCUGCACAAAAAGACAAGGAACGUGUCUUGAAUAUCGAUUGCACUGAUAUCCUCAAAGGUCAUUUGAGUUAUCGUACUUGCAUGCCCAAACUUCUUAAACGUGCAGGAUUUCUCGUCACCUCUGAAGAAUUACCGGAUCGCGUCAAGGCGUCGGAAGAAGAAGAGAAUAAUAGCGAUCAUGUUGUGUUGGAUCUUUCAGGUGCUAAGGAAUUGGAACAUUUCAAACCAUCCACCAAAACCAAUCGACAUUCAUUUGUGUCAUCCUUAUCAUCUGGCAGGGCUUCCAUACAAUAUCCCCCGCCAAAAACACAAUGCACUCCACACCCACUAUCUCUACAAAAGCGUCCCAAUAGCAUCAUCGCAUCAACAACACCUUCAUUGUCUUUUGGACAAAGCUCUCCAUCAUUGGAUGAUGUCGAUCCAACAACGCCUGCAUUCGAUGCUGAUACCAUCUUGGCCGAUAUCAUGGCAGAAGCAGCAUUAGCUUCUAAAUCCCCAGGAAAAUAUAGUUCGCUUUCAAUGGGACGUGCAUCGAUUUCAUUGGAAUCAUCAUCAACAACGCAAGACAACAAUGACGAUGACUACCACAGACGUCAUUCAUGGCCCGUUUCACUCAAUAAUACUAACUCGGUGGUGCUAUCACCACGAUCUAAAUGA